AUGAACAACAGACCGAAGUUAUAUUAGACUUAAGAACCAGUUGAUGAUUUACUCUAUUCAUAAUGCACUAGUUAAUCAAUGACGAUAAUACGACCUAGUGAUUAAAUUAAAUUGUUGCUAUAGCCUUGCUUACUCAAUUCUAACAAAAAUUAAACAGAAUAAGACGAAUAUACUGAUUCACUCAAUUAGUACACGAAACCUAAAAUCAUUAAUAAAUAACAAGAAAAUCAAUUAGCAAAACAAGUUGAAUACUUGAAAGAUAAAAUGCUAAGACAGUAAUAAGAGUUUUCAAAAAAGGAAAUACAAUUUUAAGAUCUCCUUAAUCAAAUCUAACUUGAACAUGAAAAACUUAUGAAACUAGCUAAAUAAAAAUAUGAUAUCGCUAUAGAAGGGUUCAAAAAACAGUUAAAGUAAAAGGAUGAAAUAAUUUAUGAUCUUAAUAUUAAAUUAAGAAACCAAAAAUAAUUAAAACAAAAAAGUGAAAAGAAUUUAUUGCCUUUGCAUUCUAAAAAAUGUUCUUUAGUUGGAGGGGAUGAAUUAGAUUCAGAAGCAGCAUGUACUUUUAGAACUCUCAACAUUCCUACUAGAACUUCAACAUCUUAACCUCACAACGAUGAUUAACUUUUGAGUUUAUAUAGAAACGAAAUAGAUAAAUUGAAAUACUAAACUUUAGAGUUUGCCUAAAAAUUUGAAAAUGAAAAGUAAACAAUUAAGGAUGAGAUUUGUUUAUUGAAAAAUUAAAAAUAACUACUAUAAAGUUUGUUAUCUACAAAAUAGUCUCCAUAGUCAGAGCGAAAAUUAGCAAGAUCAGAAGGGAAAGCGUUUACUAAACAAGGAAAACAUCAUAAUUCAUCUACGUCAAUGCCAAAAUGUUCAAGUAGAUAAUAACUUAAUGUUUGAUUGCAAGAG